UGGAAAGGAGUGGGUAAGUGGUAAGCGAGUUGGAAUGACGAGGCCUACAGAUGGGUGGUGGUUUUGAUAUGUAAAUGUGGGAAUGGCAUGUUGAGGAGUGUGAAAAAAUGAACCCGUGGCUUUGAAAGAUAAAUGCUUUUCUGUUGAUUUUGAAAGAUUCAAGUUAGUUAUUUCCUAAAUAUCGGCAUCGAAGCAUUUUCAACAUGGGGAACUGUUUCAGCCGAUCAUCUAAUAAAAAUGUCAAGAAAGGGGACCCAUCAGGCCAGCCCUCCAUCGAACGAAAUAUUGAUAAUGGUCCCACUCCAGUCAGUGUGCUCGUUCCUGUACAAUCACAUGAACCUAUUAGUAUUAGACACCCUGAAGUACCUAGAUGUGGUCCAAUGUUACCACCUGUACCCAUGGACACUGAAAGCCUUACUGGACAUAGCAGCGGCAAAGUUUUCGUAGCCUUAUAUGAUUAUGAUGCACGAACAGACGAAGACUUAAGUUUUAAAAAAGGAGAGCAUUUGGAAAUUUUAAAUGAUACCCAAGGAGAUUGGUGGUUUGCAAGAUCAAAAGCAACCAAAAAAGAAGGUUAUAUACCGUCAAAUUAUGUAGCCAAAUUGAAGUCUAUUGAAGCAGAGCCAUGGUACUUUGGAAAAAUCAAGCGGAUUGAAGCGGAGAAAAAACUUUUGUUGGCUGAAAAUGAACAUGGAGCUUUCUUGAUUAGAGAUAGUGAAAGUCGAAGAAAUGAUUUUUCUCUUUCUGUGAAAGAUGGUGAUACUGUCAAACAUUAUCGAAUUCGUCAGUUAGAUGAAGGAGGUUUUUUUAUUGCUCGCAGAACAACUUUUCGUACUUUACAAGAACUUGUUGAACACUAUAGUAAAGAUGCAGAUGGUCUUUGUGUUAAUUUACGAAAACCUUGUGUUCAGGUUGAGAAGCCAACAACUGGUGGACUUUCACAUAACACUCGGGACCAAUGGGAAAUUGAUCGAAGUUCCCUCAAGUUUGUUCGUAAGCUCGGACAAGGCCAGUUUGGAGAAGUUUGGGAAGGAUUGUGGAACAAUACCACACCCGUUGCGAUAAAAACUCUUAAAACAGGUACAAUGGAUCCAAAAGAUUUCCUGGCAGAAGCACAAAUCAUGAAAAAACUGCGACAUCCAAAACUUGUACAGUUAUAUGCUGUUUGUACUUUGGAAGAACCAAUUUAUAUAAUUACAGAACUAAUGAAAAAUGGCAGCUUAUUGGAAUUCUUGCAAGGUCGUGGAAGAACUUUGAAAUUGCCACAGUUGAUUGACAUGUCAGCUCAAAUCGCAUCUGGUAUGGCAUAUUUGGAGUCACAGAAUUAUAUUCACAGGGAUCUGGCUGCAAGAAAUAUUUUAGUUGGUGAAAGUAACAUUGUUAAAAUUGCAGACUUUGGGCUAGCUAGAUUAAUUAAGGAGGAUGAAUAUGAAGCUAGAGUGGGCGCUAGAUUUCCUAUCAAGUGGACUGCACCAGAAGCAGCCAAUUACAGUAAAUUCUCCAUCAAAUCAGAUGUCUGGUCAUUUGGUAUACUUCUAACUGAGCUUGUUACUUAUGGAAGGAUACCAUAUCCUGGUAUGACAAAUGCAGAAGUGCUGCAUCAAGUUGAGCAUGGCUACAGAAUGCCAUGUCCGCCUGGAUGCCCACCUGCAUUGUAUGAAAUAAUGCUUGAGUGUUGGCAUAAAGAUCCCAUGAAGCGACCUACAUUUGAAACUCUGCAGUGGAAACUUGAGGAUUUCUUUACGAUGGAAGGAUCAGAAUAUAAGGAAGCAUCCAUAGCCUACUGACAACUACCUCCACGCCCUAGAUAUGAUUGGGGUGUGCAACAGCUUGGUAGGAACAUACUGAUUCCUCAUUAUGAUCUCAAUGGAUGAAUUACUCUCAUUUAAGCAAUCUACAACUACUUUAAACAAAUUGCAUUGUCCGAUUUCCUUCAAGAGACUUUCUGAACUAAAAUAAGAAAAGCUUCUUAAAUUGUUCUUUCCUCAUGAUACUUUUUUCAACUUGACUAUCAGCAUUAGUUUUAGCAUCAAUAUUUCACACAAAAAUAACAAGGAAGUGUCAUCAGAACACUAUGUUCUUAUCAUGAAAUAUAUUGCUCUCCCACUUAGAAAUACAUUAAAAACGAUAAUAUUUAGACUUACUAGAUAUACUGUAUUUCUAGCUGUUGUUUUUCACUUUUAUUUUUUAAAAAUCCUAUAGUUUUGAUUUUGUCAAUACCGGUGUAGUGAAAUGAAAAUAUCCAAUUUAGCAAUAUGUAUUAAGUGUUACAUCCAGUCGAAUAUCCUAGACCACUUCUUUUUUAUUUUUAUGGAAAACUAUUCAUCAUAAUAUAAAGUUUUUGAUACUCAGUCGCCAAUAUAUGCAAAUGCUAAACAUGAUGUACAGUGUUUUGCUCUGUCUUAAUAGUAAAGCAUCAAGGAGUAUGUUGUUGGCAGUAUAUUAGCAGUUUUAUAAUUGUAAUUGUGUACAACGUAAUCAUUCUCUUGAAACUUAAUGAUGUGUGAAAUUAGAGUAGUUUUUACAUACAUUACUGGGGCCAUGUCAUCAACAAUAUUGCCUUAUGAUUGAAUCUAGUUGCUGUGCAUAUCGCAAUACUGCUGUGCCUCCUGAAGGAUAAUUUUCUAAGAAAUGAUUCUAUGCCUGAAUUAAGUCGUAAAAAUUCAUAAAUCAGCAACAAUUUUCAUCAAAAAUAUAUCUUGUGCAGUCUAUAAGUUUAAUGAGUUUUCUUACAUUUUGAUUUAUUACAUAUUUUUUACAUAGGAUUAUGCUGUAAUAUUUCUUAAAAGGAGCUGAAAAUAAUUGUUGCCUAAGUAGAAAUAGUAGAAAGAAAUGUUCUAAUAGAGGUCUUGUUUUGUGUCAAAUGGAUGUCUCCUUAGCUUUCAUUUGCCUUUGUAAUUUAUGUUUACUUGUACAUUUCUUGUCUUUUAAAAAUAUCAAAAUGGAGCCUUGCAAUUUUCGCAUUUUUAAAAACGCUUAAAGUUAAAGCGCUAGUGUUUGAGUAACUUCCCAUGACAUUUUCAGGUUUUGUUAAUGCUUAUAAAGCAAAAGAAAACAUUUAUUUAAAGUGUAAUUUUAGAUAAUACUCUAAAAUCCAUCUUGUGUUUGCUAAGCAAAUAAGCUGCACAAAAUUUUAAAUUAUUCAGUUUUUGUAAUGUUCCAUGUGUAAAUUGCCUGUUAUUGUUUAGUAACAAUAUUUUUUCCUUAGCAUAUAUUUUUCUUUACUGAACUCAUGUACAAUACCUAAUCAAACAUUGAGGUUUUUCAAAAUCCACUUGUAGUAAAAUAUUUUAAUUACAUAAGUCUUUUCAUUUAUUACUUCAAUCCAGAAUUUGUAUGGCGCAUUAAUGGCUUCAUGGUAAAAAAUAUAUAUAUAUUUAAAUGAAUAAAUUAAUAAGCACUUGUAUUGAAAUCAACAUAUACUAUAAUUUGCCUUCAAUAUCAUCUUACACUAACCAUCCACUUACUAUCAAUGUUCUUACUAGUUUUAUUAUUCCUAAAUGGCAUUUAUUCUUCUUGCAACUGAAAAAUUAAAGUUAUAUCAUAAACAAAGAUUAGUUGCUUGUUUACUUAGCUCUCUAUGUAAGUGCUAUAUAUUUCCAACCUUCACCUGCUUAGGCACUAUUAUCUGUUACACUAUAGUAUUUCUUAAAUUUUAUUUAAUUCUUUUAGCAUAUUGCUAAUUUACUGUUUUAUAUUUGAAUUUCAUCCUAUGCAUAUUUGGUUCUUUAUGUAGUUGAAAUUCCAUUGUUUGACCUACCAAGCUGUUUGAAAGUGAAGUGUGUGACGUUAAAGUGUUGUAUAUUAUGUAUUUUUCGAAAGAUUGUCCAUUCUGUAUUAGAGUGCAUUUAAAUUGAAAAAACAUUUUUAUAAUUUCAAUUUGUGUUUUAAACACAGCAUUUUUUUUGUAAGUUAAAUGAUUUUAUUAUAUUUUGUACAAGUGUAUAUAUUUUGGGGUUUCACUAAAGCAACUUUAAUUCAGUUGAAUAUUUUUGUGAAACUGCGAAAAAGAGAGCAAAACUCAGAAAAAAAACUUAUAUAUGUAUCUGUGCUAAUAAUUUUAAACUUGUAUAUAAUUUAUUUCUUUAAACUUUUUAUUUAUUGGUUCAAAACUUUUCUUAAAUGUUGAUGUGAAUGCUAUAAACUUUAUUUUGUCUUAGAUAACAUUUUCUGUGAUUUAAACAUUUCUCCAAUAUGCAACAUUAUCUCUCUCCUAAGCAUCAUCUUUCUUAAAGCUUUUCUAGAAACUGAAUAUCCUAGGAUGAACAGUAAGUGGUUUACUUGUAUGGACUUGCAGUCUCAAAAACUAAAGGUAUUUCAAUGUUCUUAGCAUUCCAUGUUAACUGUCAAAUAAAUAGAUUUACAUUAAAAUUUUUGCAAUUGUUCGUUAAGACUUCUUAGGUUUAACAUUUAACCUUGUUUUCUCUUAACGUUUUCAUAGCAUAAAUAAAAAUUGGAAAUAUGCAGUCUUUGUAUAGUCUGGGUUUUUAAAUACUUUAAUAAAAAAAAUUAAAACAAAACAAAAGUGCUUCGUUUUUUUCCCCCCAGGAUUACCAUUUUAAACAAAAAAAAAAAAAAUGACAGGUUUUGUGGAAAAUUUUGUUUGUAAUGUAAUUUUCAAUAUGGGAUCAAGCGUUAACCUAAAAUUCAUCCUCAUUCCUAAUCCUAAAGUAUUUUCAAAACUUAAUCCAAUACAAAUGGUAAAUACCUUUUCAUUAUUUUCUUCUUUUUAACCAAACUUCCUGUAUAAGUAUUUGGAAAAAACUUGAAGGAAGGUUUAAUGUCUUGUUAAAGUAUCAGUAUAUGUUGAAAAAUUUAAAAAAAAAAAAUGAAAAGUAUGUAGAUGAGCAAAUGUGUUGGUCAGUUUGUCUGUCCCUGCAUCACUACUUUUGGAGAAAUAAUCAGAUUUCACUAUUUUUUGUUAGAAGAACUCAGGCAGUGUGCCUAAUUCCCACAUAUUCUCUAUUUCUGAUUUAGAAUUUUUUUUAUCCAAUUUUAAACACUUCAAAAUAACACAACAUCUAUUGAAAUCCCAAACUGAAAGAGGGAUUUGCUUAGAAGAAACUUAUAGUAAAGAACUUUUAAGGUAAAAUGGUUUCAAAAAAGAUAAUUUUUUAUUUCCCUUUUUCAAAAGCAUUUUUUAAACAUAAGACCCUAUGGAAUGCUUGAGGCACAAAUAAGUCAUGAAUUGAAGGGCAGAAUUGCUGAAAAUAAGUGAACCUCUAGAAUAUGUGCAUAAAAAGAUGCAUUGAUUUGAUUUUUUUUUUUUUUUUUAAUAUUUUUUUAGAAUUGAUCAAAAAUUAAAAGAGGUCACUGAAAUGUAAGGGAUGUAAGUUGCUUAGGUAACGUUUUGUGUAAAACGUGCAGUGCUCAGGUUAUAUGGUUAUAUAAUAACUUAUGAUAAAUCACUGAUAUCCUAGGGUAUACUUUUUGUUUCUAAGGCUUUUGUGCAGUGGUUGGAAGUAGCCUGCUACAAGUAGUGACGCUACUGUAGUAGCUACAUUUUUUAGUAGUUUGUAGUGUAGUGCACUACUUUUUUAAAAAAAGUAGAGUAGCGAGUAGUUUUAUGCAAAAAAAAAAAAAAAAAAGUAGUUUGUAGCGAUUUCUGAAAACUACUUUUAAAUAAAGUUUCAAAAAAAAAAGAGGUUUCAAACAAUCUGACUGGUCUGGAGUCUUACGCGAGUUAAACCAUCAAUCAAAUUUGUAAGACCUUAAAAAAUACAACCUGACAACAGACAUAUUUUGGCACCAUACGUUCUAUCAAUUUAACACCAUGACUUCAUUUGUCAGUGAAAUUUUUACAUUUCCCCAAUAUUUGCCUUGAGUAGAGCAUGACUUAGAAAGAAAAGAAUGAGCAAUAACUGCCAAGUAGAACCACGUUUGUGUUUUCUGGCAGCAGAGGAUGUCCCAUGGAUGAACAUUUCAGAUGUCAAUGAGAUUAUUGUUCCAAUAUCCACCUAAUAUGGAAACUACUAUAAAUGUUAUAGAAGAGGAUGGUAUUGAACUGCAUUGGCCAGCUAACAACAAAUAUUAGAGUGUUAAAGAAAUGUACAAUAACCGAAAUUUUUCCGUGUCAUUCGAACUUUGCCAGCUAAGCAAAAAGCUUUCGAUAUCAAUGACAUCUGCAUGUCCAGUCAAAUCUAAACUUAUGCGAGGGACACGUUGGAAUGACAAACUGACUCAGUAAAGGGGUGAAAAAAUAAAUCACUCUUAGUAAUAAUCCAUGUUCAAAUGAGCCAAUUUAUUAAUCUAAACCACUUUUUGAAUUUUUUCGUUCAACCUUCAAUGGUGUGUAUGUGUAUGCUUUUCAUUUAUUUAUUUUUUAAAAAGUAGCGAAGUAGCUGCUACUUUUUAAAAGUAGUUUGUAGCUGCUACAUUUUGAAAAAAGUAGUUGUAGUUCGCUACAAGAAAAAAGUAGUUUUUCCAACCACUGCUUUUGUGCAAUAACAUGCUGUCAUAUGCUAAUAUUUAUUUUUAUAUUAUUUGAUUGAAUUACACACUAUUUUACUUUGAGUUUAUUUGGAAGAAGAUCCUAUGAUACUCACCACAUUGUUUUCUCUUAAAAAAAAUGCUCUCCUUGUCAAUAUUUAUGCUUUAUUUAUGUUUUUCUGUUUUAACAUUAUUGUAUGUUUUGUUGUCCUGUUCGAUUAUUGUAGUCAAAACAUGAAUGCAAGCUUUUUCUUUUAAAAAAAAAUUGCAUUUGAAAAUAUUAGUGGUGUUUUGAACAUGUUUUCUGAAAAUAUUCAAUUUAAUUGUUUAGUGUGUGCGCAUUAUUUAGGGUAAGUAUUGUUGCAAGUGAGAAAACAUUCUAUAUUUUGUGCUUAUGAUGGUAGAAAUUGAUUAAUGAAAUCACGCAACAAGUUUUUACAAAAUAACUUUAUUUCUAUGCAUUGAAAAUCAUACAAAUUAUUCAUUUUCUUUUUUUCUUUUCUUAAGAUAACUUCCUGAAUACUUCAUCAAACUUCAUAAGUAAGGCACCAUGUUAAAAAAAAAUUUUAACUGUUUUCAGCGAAAAAUAAACAGACAAUUCACAUUUUGGUUGUUUUUCCAAAAUAAAGAAGAAAUAACGUAUUUUGUUAAUUAUUGUGCAUUGCUUUAAUGAACAGCAUCCCAAAAUAGAGGCACAUUUGUUCAGUUGGCUAGAGUCUCAUGCUAAUAUUGCAAAAGUUGUGAGUUUGAAUCCCCCUAUACCAAAAAAUGCUAUUUCCUCAACAGAAUUCUGAUCCAAAAUUCCAUGAAUAAUAAUCUUAACUCAUUGCAGAAUUCUGAACUACAGUUCUGUUAUUGUUGAAAUGAGGAAACAAGAUAUUAAUUAUAACAUGCUUAAUUGUAGUAUAACUUCUUCAAUAUUUUAGCAAAAAAGAGGCACACAUUUCAUUUUAUUUUAUUACUUUAUUAUCUAUUGCUUUAGUAAAUAGUAUCUCGAGAUGGAGACCUAUUAGCUCAGUUAGUAAGAGUAUCCUACUGCUAAUGUGGUCAUAAGGUUGAUCCCGUUGUUGACCAGAAAAUAAGUUUUUGAAUGACUAAUUUUCCUCAACUGAACUCAGAUCCAAAUUUCUAUGAAUAUAUAAUCAUAACUCAUUGGUUGCUAGAUUUUGAAUCAUAGUUGUCAUUGAAUUAAAAUCAGGAAACAAAAAGUUUAUUUAACACAAUAAAUCCCAAUAUCAUACAAAUAAUUUUUUAAAGGUGUUUUUUAUCUAACCAUUAUUUUUACAUACUUCAAGGAAUUCUUCCAUCCCUCUCAGCCAAGUGUGGAUUGCCCUUUUUUGAAAGUUUUGUAAUUCGAUGGGUUUCUCUUACAGUCAUGUAUUAUACUAUUUAACUAAUUUCAGGAACUUAUUUAGCACAUUUUAGAUAAGCAUUGAUGUUUCUUUUCAUCUCAGUCACUCUUUCACUGAUCAUUCAAGAAUCAUUACAAAUUGGACACAAACCGCUUAUUUUUGACUGAAUAACAGAUGCAAAACUUCUGUGCAUUGUACACAGUCUUCAUUAUUUAGCCAAAAGCGUCAUUAAUAACUAAAGAGAAAGAUUACUCUUUUUCCAUAAAGUAAUAUCUGUGUUCUGUAGAUAGAAAAACAAACAAAGGAAAAAAAUUCUUGUUUUAACUAUAUUUUAGAAUUUCUUGUCAAAAUAUAUUGUUAAUUUAAAAAAAUUUAUAUGCAGGACUGGAAAUUUCAUCCAAUAUGAAUGCUCAGUUCUGUUAUUUUUAUAGAAACACUCUUUUCAUAAGUCAAUUUUCACCACUGUGAAAGAGUUCUAAGUUAAACUUUUAAAUUGACACUUUUUUUGAAAAUUAUUUCAGGUGAAAUAAACAAAUUGUGAUCUACUUUAAUCGUGUUUAUUUUUUGCCCAAUGGAUUCGUUCUCAAAUUCUAUAGUAAUCUUUUUGUUACCCAAACAAGCUGAGUAUUCAUUAGACACUUGAUUGCCUUUAGUUCUAUACUGCUUUCAUUUUUUUGUUAUUUGCACAAUUAAAAAUUUAAAAAUAUGCAAAUAAAUUAACCAUGCUAUAAACAUUAAAUUAGAAAUUUUCUGUUUUAUUUGUUGAUUUAUUUUUGAUAGAUGAAUGUGUAAAUUUAUUUGCUGUGAUUAUAGUUUUACCAUGUAAAUGUUAAGGUAGAAAAGUUUUAGAUUUAGAAAUCAUGCAAUAAUGCAAUCAUUUUUUUCUUAUUUAAUUCCUCUACACUUUUAAGUAAGUUAUAACUUAGUAUUUCAUAACAAAAUAAAUAAAAAAAUAAAAGAAAGUCUGCUUUGAUGCAGAAAAAUAAAUCAUUUUUGGACUUCAUUAAAUUAUAUUUUAUUAAUAUUCAUCUAUAUUUUUUUUAAAUACAAUUUGAUACUAAUUUUAGUUUCUUUAAGCAUAUUUUUUGAAAAAUAGAAAUAUUUUUCUGUCAGACAGUAAUUAUCUAGAUAUAGUGAAAGUAGUUUUGAGUAAUACCUAUAGAUCAUAAAAAAUUUCAUAUGAUCUUUUAAUUUUAAAAUUAUCUGAAUACUUUGUCAGUUUCAAGUUAAAAGUAUAUUACAAUUUAGUAUGCUAUUUGUUAUAAGCUCUUAAAGCUCAGUAUGGGUGAAUUUUUUGUGCAGAAGUAGACCAUUGAAUAAGUGUAUUGCUAACAAUUGUUCUAAAGCUGUGUUUUGUUCUUUUCAUCCAAACUUGACAGAGUACUUCUAAAAAUGAAAAUAUUGUGUACCAGAACUGCUGUUUGAUGAAGCCUAUUUUAAAUCAUUUAUUUAAUGCUUUUGUUUUCAAUUUUAUUUAAAACUUCAUUUUCAUUAUAUAUAUAUCAGGGGGUGAAAUUGUAAAUUUUUCAGUACCAGAAUGCCAAUUGAAUCCUGAACCAUAAUUAAUGCAAUGUAUGAAAGGGAAUUUUUUCCCCUGAAAAGCACGACUAGAAUGGCAUUCUGGCAUUAAAUCACCCCUGAUAUAUAUAUAUAUAUAUAUAUAUAUAUGUAUGUAUGUACUUCGGGAACAACAACAACCUAUGUUGAAACUAUCAGCUUUGCCAAAAGCUGAUAGUUUCAAUUGAUAGAGACAGAGAAAAUAAUAAACCUUCUUAUUUUCUCUGUCUCUAUCAAUUGUUAAUGUCAGAGACCAGUAAAAUUUUCGACACUUCAAGAAAAUAAUCCUCAUGUAACAUUAGGAAAUUUCAUGUAAUUUUAAUUAUACAGUUGGCUCUCUGUUUAACGACUUUCAAGGGACCACAAAAAAUCGUCCUUAAAUAGAAUGCUUUUAACACUAUAGUGGACCAUCUGGGACCGUGAAAAGCCGUCAUUAAAUAGAGAAAAUCGUUAAAUAGAAUGUCGUUAAACAGAGAGCCAACUGUACUUUAAUUAAAAGUAACAGUUUUAGCUCUAAACAAAAAUACUGAACUGAGAACUACUGAGGAAAAACAAAGAUUGUAGGAUUACGUAAAUGUGAUUGCAAUAACUCUCAAUAGUAUGGUGCAGCUGGUUGUUGUUGCUCUAAGGUGCAUAUAUAUAAUAUUAGAAACCCUGGAAAUAAAAUUGAAAAUUAAUUGCAAUUUAAUAAUCAUUUGUAAUAGAUAACAGUAAAAUAGAAUUUCUUAUUCUGUGUAUAUUAUAUUACUUUGACGUCAUCAGUUCUAUGUGAAUGAUCAUUAAUUUAUCUGAACGUUAAUGUAAAUAUUUUUAGAACCAAAAGUGGACUGUUCGUAUAUACCAUAUGUGUUCCAAGAUGUGAAUAUUUUGUAAAAUGUCACGUUUUUACAUGUUUUAGGUACAUUUUCAUUCGCAAUCCAUUGAAAUGUAUAAUUUUUAUAGCAUGUAAUAUCAACUAAAUUUUUACCUUAAUUUAUAUUUUUUAAUGUAAAUAAGGAUUUGUAAAAACUUAUAUACUAAUUAAAUUAUCCUGAAUUCA